AAUGUGUACUACAGCGUUUCUACAGCUCUACCCGGUUUCGCCUGACUCCGUCUUUACGGAGAUACUCCGAAACCGGAUAGAUCGAAACCGUAACUGUUUCGGCUUCGUGUGGACGGGGCCUCAGUCUUGUCCAGAUUGAGCUUCAGGAGGUGCGUCAAAAUCAAGGGUGGGUGUAACGCACAUAGAAUAUAUAAUAAAGAUUAACCUGAUUUAACAUAGACAAUAUAAUAAAGAUUAACCUGAUUUAACAUAGAAUUACCUGAUUUAACAUAGGCCUUUAUAAUAAAGAUUAACCUGAUUUAACAUAGAGUGUUUAUAAUAGCCUAAAGAUUAACCUGAUUUAACAUAAACAAUAUAAUAAAGAUUAACCUGAUUUAACAUUGACUGUAGCCUAUAUAAUACAGAUUACACUUGUUUAGAAUAAACUGUUUAUCAUGGUUUGGUUGGGUAGGCCUACUUGUUGUAAACUAUCUAUCGCAGACUUAUUUUCACACAAAAACAGCCUAUAAAACGUGUACACGAGAACUAGUUGUGAUUUAGACCGUGUUAAGAUACGAGUUCUUGCAAAAACAUUGCAAAAACAUUUCCUCUGCGGGGAAAGGCCACCCACCAUCCUUCCUCCCGGUCAUGUUUGGAUUCUGAGUGUUUAUUGAGAGGAGGGGCUAAUCACAGACUUCAUCAUAUCCUAUCUCUACUGAUGCAUUUUUUGGAUUAUUGUUAAAGGGUAUAUGCUGCCAAUGACCGUUACGGCGAAUUAUCUGUGACGGAACAUUGUUGUAAACAAUUCUGGAUAAUAAAAAUAGUCUUUACAGUGAGGCGGACGGAUCCGUCAUGACGACCCCACCAGAUCAUGGAAAGCGGAGAAAGACCAGAGCAGAACCAACUGGACAGGUUCCCAUCAUAGCUGUGUAUAAAGUACACGUGACGACGGGGGACAUGUGUUUGGCGGGAACAAAUGACCACGUGUUUGUUACCUUGGUGGGAACCAAUGGCGAAAGCGAACGCACUGAGUUGGACAACUAUGGCCUCGACUUCUGCUCAGACCAGACCAGCACCUACACGGUGAACACCCAUCCCAUGGGCCAUCUUCUGCUCAUCAAGCUGGAGAAAGCUCAAUAUCUUUUUCUGCCAGAAAAUCAGUGGUUCUGCUCCAAGAUUGUGGUGGAGACCCCAGAAGGAGAGGCCCUCCUCUUCCCCUGCCACAGAUGGUUGACCAGGGGGGAAGUACUGGAACUCAGAGGAGCCAAAGCGAUGAAGGCGAGUGACGAUUACCAUCCUUUGCUGAUUGAGCACAGGAGGAGAGAAUUGGCCAAACGUUGUCAACUUUAUCAGUGGAAGGUAUACGCCGACAGGACCACCCACAUCACUCAUUUUGAGGAAUCUGAGCUUCCAUCUGAAGUCCGCUUCUCGUUUUCCAAAGGACUUGAAUUCACGUUUUCAAAAGAAUUUGCUAUAGCUGAAGUCAAACUGAAAGGUCUGUUUGGAUCUGAGGAAUCAUGGGAGAGCCUGGAGUCCAUGAAGAACACACUCACCUUCAAGACGUCCUCAACAGCUGAAUAUCUCGCUGAGCACUGGAAGGACGAUGCUUUCUAUGGCUACCAGUUCCUGAAUGGUGUCCAUCCCUCCAUGAUCAGAAACUGCCCCCAUCUGCCCUCAAACUUCCCCGUCACUGAAGAGAUGGUGCAGCCGUUCCUAGAGACUGGUACUUCCCUAAAACAAGAGAUCCAGAAAGGGAACAUAUUCCUGUGUGACUACAAGUCACUGGAGGGUCUUCCGACCCGCGUGGUGGAGGGGAAGUCACUGCCUCUCACUGCUGCCCUCUGCCUGCUGUACCUGGACACCGCAGGCACACUCAAACCCAUAGCUAUUCAGCUGGGACAGGAACCAUCGGAGAAAUGCCCAAUCUUCGUACCCAGCGAUCCAGAGCUCGACUGGCUCCUGGUGAAGAUAUUUGUGAAAAAUGCAGAUUCAGUAAUUCAUCAGGUUAUCUCUCAUCUAAUGAAGACCCACUUGUUGGCCGAGGUGUUUGCUGUCGCUACCAUGCGUCACUUUCCAGACGUACACCCCCUUUACAAGUUAUUGACUCCCCACUUCCGCUACACUCUGCAAAUUAACGCAGCAGCUCGACGUGCGCUACUUGGGCCAACUGGACUUUUAGCAAGAAGUACCCCUGGCCUGGAGGGUAUAAUUGAGCUGUUGAGGAGACACCUGGCUGAAACCACCUACUCAUCUCUAUGUCUGCCAGACAACAUUGCUGAAAGAGGACUGCAGAACAUCCCUAACUUUUACUACAGAGAUGAUGGACUGAAGUUAUGGACGGCCAUCAACAGUUUUGUCCGGGCUAUGCUGGGACUCUACUACCCUACAGACGACGAGGUGUCUGGGGAUGCAGAGCUCCAGAGAUGGAUCCAAGAUAUCUUCACAAAGGGCUUCCUGGGCAACAGCAGCUCAGGGAUGCCAGAGUCCUUCAUCACCGUGGAAGCGGUUGUCAAGUUUGUCACCAUGGUGAUCUUCACAACAUCUGCUCAACACGCAGCUGUAAACAGUGGACAGUUUGACUACUACAGCUGGUUCCCAAACUCCCCUCUGCAGCUUCGAAAAGCACCUCCAACUACCAAGGGACUGGUUACCAUGGAUACCAUUCUGGAGACACUGCCAAAUAUUGGUGACACGGUCGCCUUCAUCAUCAGUUCAUUGGUUCUAUACAAGAAAUACAUGGACUCUGUUGUUCUUGGUUCCUACCCUGAGGAACGCUUUUGUGAGCCGGCGGCCAAGCGGAUUAUAGAGAACUUCCAGAAGGAGCUCUCCAGCAUCGAGGAAAGGAUCAUAACGAGGAACGCAUGUCUGGAUGUCCCGUACUGCUACCUGCAACCCUCGGAGAUCGAGAAUAGUGUGUCUAUAUGACUAGAACCACAAAGAUGUUCGCUACAGGAGGAGUCCCAUUCCUGUUUGAUAAUGCUCAUCAAUGUGGGGAUAACAUUUGGGAACUCUGCGUCCUUUGUAUAUCCUGCCCUCAUAUUGAAAUCUGCCUCUAAAAUUUUACAUUCUCAAACAAAAAACGAAUCUGCGUAUUCUAACCAACAAUUAUUGAUUCAUUGUUAAAACAUUCAACGACUAAAUGUAUAAAUAAUGGAAUAAUAAAGAUGAAAUUGCCAAACGUAGGAGUCAAGUAAACAGUUAUGUAUGAAAGGAAAAACUUUUUGCAAUGAAACCUAUAGUCAUAUUGCUAUGUGUUUGAACCAAGACAAGCACAAUUGCAACAUAGCUUCAGGGCUGUGAAGCAACACCACUGUCCACAUAGGCCUUGGUGUUGCGGAUCAGGAGUGCCGCCGGGGGUGGACAUGGCCGCCAUGCAGAAAGACUGGCCACCCCUUCCCAACAGACUCAUCCUUUGAGGCCCAAUCCCAUUUCU